GAUUUUUCAGCUUCAAAUCGGCUUAUGCGAAAAUUGGGGAAAGUUAUAUUGGGGUUUUCGAGCAAUUAAACUCACCUGUUAAUGGCAGACGGAGCAACACCUAAUAGGGUUACUCGAGCCUCUGCCGAUAAAAUGGCUACUGAAAGGCGUUCCAAGAAUAUACAUGAUCCUCGCAGAAUUCCAAAUCCACCAAUUGCUAAAUCGUCAAACAAAAUAGAUGCGGCUACAGUGACGAAGAGGAAAAAAACUACUGAUGUUGUUCCGGCCAGCAAGGGGAAACAAGUCGUAGAGGCUGAAGCAGAAGAAGAUCAAUUACCUGUGAAGAAACAGGACCCUAAAUUCCUUGUUAAAUUUCCUCCAACUCAUCCUAUACGAUAUUCUUCGUACAUGAACUACAAUAUAAAAAAGGACUUGGAGGACAAACUUACAGAAAGACAGCAGCAGCUAUUUUCUAAAACUAUAUUUGGAAAAUACUUGCAGAUGCAACAUUGUGAAAUCCAAGGGCAGCUGUUCCGGUGUUUAAUGGUCAGAGAGCUGAAGAAAAGCACACCUGAUGCUUUUGUUAUUAACAUUAAUGGGACUGAAUUGACAUUUUCUCUAUUUGAAUUUGCAUUAAUGUCCGGGUUAAAGUGUUAUGGUGAAGAAAUCGUUUUUAACGAGGGUAAAAAUGGACUGUUGGAAAAAUACUUUGGUGGUUCCAAAAAAAGCGUUAAAAAGAUGGAGCUAAAUGAGUGCUUCAAUGACAAGAAUUGGGGUGUAGAUGAUGAUGCAGAUCAAGACGCUUUAAAGAUUGCGGUGCUGUAUUUCAUUCAUAACUACAUACUUUCAGGUGAGAAGAGGAGCGUCGUAAUUCCAAGACUUCAUUUUGACCUGGUAGACAGUGGACGGUACAAGGACUACACAUGGGGCAAGGAAGCAUUUGUUGAUUUGAUUAAAAGCAUUCACAAUAAGAUGGACAAGCCGAAAUAAUAUUACUGUCUUCGGGGUUUUCCAUUUGCUAUUCAAGCAUGGUUAUAUGAGUGUUGUUCCAAUGUGGACCCAGAUUUAGCCGUAAGAAAUGGAGACCGAUUCCCCAGGAUCUUAAAUUGGAAGACAGUAGACCCAACACCAUCAUUUAACCACCUGAUGACUGGGAUGUUCAAGGAUGACGUAUCUGAGGUAGGUCUCUAUCCUAACUGAAGUGGCUUUAUACAUUAGCAAACAUGUGUUUUUUGAACUGUAUUAUCAUAGGUGUUCCUUUUUAUCACAAAUACACAGUCUUUGUUCCUUUUUAUCACAAAUACACAGU